AUGCUAUUACAAUACCAAAAAUUCCAAGACUUGUACGACGCGGUAGCUGAACUACUUGCAGACGAAGCCAACAGGAACGAUCUCAAAGCCUGUGGACAGUCCGUUUGUUAUUUGUUUGAAUCGAUACUGGAGCAAACAUCCACAAGCACAUCAUUCGAGCAAUUGCUGAUCAAGGCUAAAUCAUUAGCAGACUUCUCCAAUGAGGCUGUGCUGUUGUACCAUUUUAAGGAUGUACCUGUUCAUUGGCGUCGUAUGAUGAUGGACGCGGGUUUGUUAAAGGUGAUGAUACAGUUGAAAUCUAUUUUGGAGUAUCAGCAGCAACACCACCAGCAGAAAACUGAUUUUAAAGCAUUGGAACCACAAGUGCAAUCCAUUAUCAGUGAUUUAGAUAUAUGCUCCGUUGUGAGUGGAAGUCCAGGCCCUGACCGUCGCUUCUUGGCCAACAUUAUAUUGGAAGAAUUACAAAAUUGGCUCACAAAUGGACGCUCUGAUGAUCAACCCACAUUCAAAAAGACCAGAAUAUUAAAGGAACCUAUAAAUACACAUCCAAGACCACAAAUUAGUAACCCAAUCAAACGAUUUACCGAGCCACCUAGCUUCGAGUGGUUCCUGGAACACUGCAACCAAGCUGUACCUACUCCUUUUAUCAUAUCUAAAGGGGUAAUCGACCACUGGCCAGCCUUCAACGAACGCCCUUGGUCCUCCAUGGAGUAUCUCAAGUCUGUCGCAGCAGAUAGGGUCGUGCCAGUAGAGAUUGGAAGUCAAUAUACAGACGCAAAUUGGAGCCAAAAGAUGAUGCGAUUUUCCGACUUUAUCAAUCAGCAUAUUCUUCAGCAAGAGGGAGCACCCGCUUAUUUAGCACAGCAUGAUGUUUUCUACCAGAUACGUCGACUAGAGAAGGAUAUAAUCAUACCAGACUAUUGUUACAUUGAGCCUAAAUUAAACGAACUGUAUACAUCUCACGCACACGAUGUAAUCAAGAAUGCAUGGUUUGGACCUAAAGGAACUGUAUCACCACUUCAUCAAGAUCCAUACCAUAAUCUUUUAUGUCAGGUUGUUGGUAGUAAAUAUUUGCGACUUAUAUCACCGUUACAAAGCGAUUUAGUGUAUCCUCGAGAAGGACUCAUGACCAACACAAGCCAGGUUGAUAUUGACCAUAUUGACUCAAACCAAUUUCCUCGGUUUAAAGAAGCUAAUUACGUUGAUUGCAUUCUGGAAGAGGGCCAAGUGCUGUAUAUACCCCCAAAGUGGUGGCAUUAUGUUAAAUCAUUGGAAACAAGUUUUAGUGUAAGCUUGUGGUUCUAA